CAUUCAUGAGGAUCUACCGUGACUGGCGCCACAGUUUGUCAAUAAAGGGUUGCGAGUGUCAAGACAUGGGGUUGGACUCGUUGAUUCAACAGCAUUCAUUCCCGCAACGCCCUCCCCUCUAACUACUAUUUCUACCCAAUUAUCACCAUGGUGGACUGGAAUGACCCUGUCCUCGAAGCACGAUUGGCGACGCUUUCAGUGCAGUUGUUAUAUUUUAUCCUUGGCUUAUACAGUUGGGAAUAUGUACGUUCCUUACAUGUGGAGAUAGCAUUGCUUCGGAGACAGCUUGCAUUUCGAUGGGCUUUGCUCUCGUACAUUACUGCCCGGUUCAGCUUCUUGAUUGCGACUGUUUUACUUGUGAUGCAAUCGAGUCCCUUCCACACAAGAGUUGAUUGCCAGAGCCUGAUUACCUUCAUCACGUUCGCGACAAACGUCGCCGUCGAUUGCUCCGCAACAAAUCUGAUGAUCAGAACGUGGAUUAUUUGGACAAACAGUUACCUUCUGCGCCUUCUACUAGUCCUCCUUUCACUAGGUCAUUGGACAAUAAACACUCUCUUCCUUGCAACCAUUCGUGCAUCCACAACCAACGGGAUGUGCAUAAUCACCUCCAUCAACCCCGCAUAUGCUAGUGCAGGGGUCAUAUAUAGCAUGUUUCAUGAUCUGUUACUUUUGGUUUUUACCGUUGUUGGACUUUGGAGGAUGUCAUCGUCUUCUACGCUAUGGAAGUUGCUAGUGAAACAAGGGGUAAUAUACUUCAUCAUCAAUCUGGUGGUAAAAAUCAUUCUCUUGGCCCUAAAUCGUUUGAACCUGAACAAUAUUAUGAAUGUUAUCUUCGCGAUGCCUGCGUCAUGCAUUUGCACGAUUGCAUCUAGCCAAGUAGUACUCUCGCUCCUCCGUCCUUCGCCCAACCAUGAAAGCGACAACGCCCCGCCGGUCAAAGCGUGACCGCGGGCAGCUGGGGUCACUGUUUUACGGUUCACAUCAGUUGUUGAAGCCUAGGAGGGCAUUUCUUUAGAAUCCCCGCAAGUAAUACAUCUUCCUUAGUUGUCCGACGGAGCCAGGUAGCAUCCGGUUCGGGCUGACGAAACUCACU